CCAGGGAUGCCCAGGGAGGCGCAGUCCACCCUAGUAGUGUGAUAGCCCUUCUCGGGGUCCGCGCCCCUUGCCUCUCCCCUUGGCCGUGCUGGGUCGCCUGCCGGCCUCGGCUCUCAAGCUUCUCCGCGGCCCCUGCAGCAACACAGGGACAAGAUGCUGAAGAAAUUCGAUAAGAAGGACGAGGAGUCCGGUGGGGGUUCCAAUCCAUUCCAACACUUAGAGAAAAGUGCUGUGCUGCAAGAAGCUCGAGUAUUCAAUGAGACACCUAUAAACCCUCGGAAAUGUGCUCACAUCCUCACCAAGAUUUUGUAUCUCAUAAACCAGGGGGAGCACCUUGGUGUGAUGGAAGCCACAGAAUCCUUCUUUGCAAUGACCAAGCUGUUCCAGUCCAAUGAUCCAACUCUCCGCAGAAUGUGCUACCUGACCAUCAAAGAGAUGUCCAGCCUCUCAGAGGAUGUCAUCAUUGUGACUAGCAGUUUAACCAAAGAUAUGACGGGGAAAGAUGACAACUACAGAGGCCCUGCUGUACGAGCCCUCUGCCAGAUUACCGAUACGACCAUGCUGCAGGCCAUCGAGCGCUACAUGAAGCAGGCGAUUGUGGACAAGGUGCCCAGUGUCUCCAGCUCUGCCCUUGUGUCGUCUUUGCAUCUUCUGAAAACAAGCUUUGAUGUGGUAAAACGCUGGGUGAAUGAGGCUCAGGAGGCAGCUUCGAGUGAUAAUAUCAUGGUCCAGUAUCAUGCCCUUGGCUUGUUAUAUCACGUGCGCAAAAAUGACCGCCUGGCUGUCAACAAAAUGCUGAACAAGUUCAUGCGCCAUGGCUUAAAAUCGCCUUUUGCCUAUUGCAUGAUGAUCCGAGUGGCCAGCAAACUGCUGGAAGAAGAAGCUGGAAGCCGUGACAGCCCCCUGUUUGAUUUCAUUGAGAGCUGCUUACGGAACAAGCACGAGAUGGUGGUCUAUGAAGCUGCAUCUGCCAUUGUUAACCUGCCCAGCUGCUCGGCUAAAGAACUGGCACCGGCUGUGUCUGUGUUACAAUUGUUCUGCAGUUCACCCAAGGCAGCACUUCGCUAUGCAGCAGUUCGAACCCUCAACAAGGUUGCUAUGAAGCACCCGUCUGCUGUGACUGCCUGCAAUCUUGAUCUGGAGAAUCUGGUCACAGACUCCAACCGCAGCAUUGCUACCCUGGCCAUCACCACCCUGCUGAAAACCGGCAGCGAAAGUAGCAUUGACCGGCUCAUGAAGCAGAUCUCCUCUUUUAUGUCUGAAAUCUCCGACGAGUUCAAGGUUGUUGUGGUACAGGCCAUCAGCGCCCUCUGUCAGAAGUAUCCACGCAAGCAUGCCGUCCUCAUGAACUUCCUCUUCACAAUGCUGCGUGAAGAGGGUGGCUUUGAGUACAAGCGAGCCAUUGUUGAAUGUAUCAUCGGCAUCAUUGAGGAGAACUCUGAGAGCAAGGAAACCGGACUCUCCCACCUGUGCGAGUUCAUUGAGGACUGCGAGUUCACCGUCCUGGCCACCCGCAUUCUCCACCUGCUGGGCCAGGAAGGGCCUAAGACCAACAACCCUUCAAAGUACAUUCGUUUCAUUUACAACAGAGUCGUCUUGGAACACGAGGAAGUCCGGGCAGGUGCUGUGAGUGCUCUGGCUAAAUUUGGGGCUCAGAAUGAAGAAAUGCUCCCCAGUGUCCUCGUGUUGCUGAAGAGGUGUGUGAUGGAUGAUGACAAUGAAGUGAGAGACAGGACCACGUUCUACCUGAGUGUCUUGGAGCAGAAACAAAAAGCCCUCAAUGCUGGCUACAUCCUGAACGGAUUGACUGUAUCCAUCCCUGGCCUGGAGAGGGCGCUACACCAAUAUACACUGGAUCCUUCUGAAAAACCCUUUGACCUGAAGUCUGUUCCCUUGGCAACUGCCCCCAUCACUGAACAAAGAACAGAAAAUGCUCCGGUGUCUGCCACCAAGCAGCCAGAGAAAGUGGCAGCAACCAGACAAGAAAUAUUCCAAGAACAAUUAGCUGCCAUCCCAGAGUUCCGAGAACUCGGCCCGCUGUUCAAGUCCUCUUCCGAGCCAGUGGCUCUUACAGAAUUGGAGACGGAGUAUGUGAUCCACUGUACCAAGCACACGUUCACAAACCACAUGGUGUUCCAGUUUGACUGCACAAACACCCUGAAUGAUCAGAUCCUGGAAAAUGUCACAGUGCAGAUGGAGCCAACUGAGGCAUAUGAGGUCAUUGGUUACAUACCGGCCAAAAGUUUGCUGUACAACCAACCUGGCACUUGCUAUACAUUGAUUGCAUUGCCCGAAGAGGACCCAACAGCAGUGGCCUGUACGUUCAGCUGCAUGAUGAAAUUCACUGUCAAGGACUGUGACCCGAACACCGGUGAAGCAGAGGAAGAGGGCUAUGAGGACGAAUAUGUGCUGGAAGACAUUGAGGUGACCAUAGCAGAUCACAUCCAAAGGGUUCUGAAGCCAAAUUUUGGAGCAGCCUGGGAAGAAGUUGGCGAUGAGUUUGAAAAAGAGGAGACUUUCACGUUAUCCACAGUGAAAACACUGGAAGAGGCAGUAGGCAAUAUUGUCAAAUUUCUAGGGAUGCAGCCCUGCGAGCGGUCAGAUAAAGUGCCUGAAAACAAGAACUCUCAUGCCUUGUACCUGGCAGGUGUAUUUCGGGGUGGCCAUGAUCUCUUGGUCCGUUCUCGUCUUGUCCUGACAGACACUGUGACAAUGCAAGUCACAGCACGGAGUGGAGAAGAACUUCCUGUGGAUGUUGUCAUGGCCUCUGUUGGUUAAACACAAUAUAGGACUUGAUAUUUCAAACUCUGAAGCCAAAGGGGUUGUUGGAAAUGUAUCCCCACUACUCUGGACGCUGAGAGAAUCAUUAGAACAUUAGCUCUUUUUCUAAUUAGGUGGGGGGGAAACAUUGUGUGAGUUUAAAGCUCGUCUUCAAAGUAUGAUCAGAGGUUUUCUGAGAUACCGAACCAGUAAUUUUUUUCAGGAUCUCUAAACCAUUUCAAAAGAGCAUCCUUUUCAUAUCAAACUCUGCAGGAUCCCAGUGCCUAAAGAUGCUCACACCACCUCCUGUUGUAGUAACAGUGUGUCAGAUCCUUUCUGUGAUCAGUGAGAGCCCCUCCCAUUAUAGCAAUUUCUAUUAGUGUUUGACAUGUUUUAAGCCCUUCAAAACAGAUCAUAAAGCUAAAAGCAUGAAUUUACUCUCAUUGCUGCUACCAGUUUAGUUUCUUUAUGGUGGCAUUAAAACAGACCUUACCUGUAUCCAAUAAAAUACAGUAACGCAAAAAGGCUGCCUUGGUAUUCUCAAGAAUUUGAUAGGGAAAAAAUGCCUCAGAGUAGUAUCUCUUGCCCACAUUAGAAUGCAAUUGCAACCACAGAGUACAAAUUCAGUGGACCUAUUACUUGUUCAUAUGAAAACUGACUGACUUCCCUUUCCAUUAAGGAUAGUUGACCCCAGUUUUUCUUUCAUUAAAACAAUUAAGUUAUGCACAAAUGUAAAAAGAUGUUUCUGGUGGCAGUAAUUGGCAGCAGAGAAGCAGCAGGGGUGAUCCAGAGUAGAGAAACAGUGACUAGAGAAAUGUUUAGCUUCUGACCCCACUAUAUUGCUCCUAUUCACCCUCUACCAAAGCAGUUUUUCCAUGCUAACAACAGCAAAAUAAAGCAAUUGGCCUACCAUGUUACAGAGUUUGCUCCUAAAAUAGGAUGUCUCUUUUUUGUAUUUUGCAGUAUCUGGAAAAAAGAAAUGGUCUAAUAAAUUGCUGAUCAUCAGAUUGCUUCAUUGAUUGUAAUGCAAUUGUUUAAAUAAUUAGCCAGCAUUUUAUUUUAUUGAAGGUACUUGGAGUUUUGUUUUAUUUAUACGUGCUAAUAUUGUGCUUUGUUCUACUCUGCAUAAUUUUGUACAUAAAAGUUGUGCCAUGUAAGCCAA